GCAAUCACUGGUAAAGAAGACUUUGAAGAGUGUAGACAAUUGCUGGCUCACCAUCACUGGGACCUACAGAUAGCUGUACAAGAUGCACUGAACCAAGCCGAAGGAAGAGGGGAUGUUUAUCAAGAAGAACAGAGGGAUGUCUCUACUGACAGUGAUCAAGAGUACGCUCAUUUUUUUUAUUAUAUUAGGCAAAAAAAAAAUAUGUGGGUUUCCGGUUUCCUCUUGUAAAAACUUAGGUAAGGUAGAUCGGUUUUAACUUUUUUUUUAAACUUUUUUUAAUUUAAAAUUUUCCUAACAACCGGACACCAUUUUGUUUAGACAGUGCUUCCAUAUCCAAACAUAAAUUUCCCUAAUAUUGCCUCAAAUUUUCAUUUUCCACAAACGUUUUCCUCUAAGUGGAAACACUUACAAGUGUGAUCCAAUAAAAAAGUUUAGGGUCGGGAUUUUGGCGUCCAAAAGCUAGGUAGGGUCGGGAAACCGGAAACCCACAUAUUUUUUUUGGCCUUACCAAAACCGUGGGUGCUUCCUCUUGACCCCAAAAAAUGUGUGCCAUGUUUUCCUGUUGAAACAUUCAGGAAUGUGACUGCAUUCUAGCCUAAGUCUCAGGCCUUGCCGUACAGUGACUGGGUCGGUUUUGACCGCAGGAAAAGGCCUAGAUAUUUGUCAACUUGCUCAAUUUUUACAGAUUUUAUUGAAAAACAAGCUUACAAUUGACAUUUACAUUAAAAUUUACAAUAUAUAAAGUUAAUGAGGAGAAAAAAGAAACGUGAUUGAAAUUUGUAUAGAAAGUGAGUCUUGUGCAAUGUCCAAAGUAGCUGGAAUCUUUCGAGUUGGGCACUGCCUACAAUUUAUAGUAAAUUUUAAAAAAAUAUGCAAAUGUGCACAGACUAUGUGUCAUCCUGACUUUAGAAAAAGAGAUAAGCUCUUAGUCCUAAAUUCAUGAAGUAACCUUACCUGAAAACGUUGUAAAUAUGUAGAAUCUAGGGCCAAAUGCUCUAAGGGCAAAAAUCGUUCCAAAAAGGGCAGAUUUGCGAAUGGUAUGCUGGGCCUUCUUGUUUCCCGCCUCUCCCCAGCCAAGGUAACAACUCAGCUGACCGAAUUCCUGACGUUGUGAGAUUGACAUGUUGGGAAUGACAACAUUUGUUGGUUCAUGGAAAAUUAUGCUGAAAUUGGACCAAUUGGCUAAUAAUAGUUUGACAAGCUUUUCUUGAUGCGACUACCAGGAAUAUUACACAAUCUUUUAUACUAAGAAUAUAAAAUUAAUUAAAAUGAAAUUAAUAAUAUUAAGAAUUGUUAAUAAUAAAUAAUCGAUUAUGAAAAUGAACCGAUGGGUGCAGCUCUAACAAAUUUAUUUUUAUUUUUAUAGGCUUAUUGAAAACGAACCUCCGGGUCCAAUUAUAGAACCUGCCCCAAUGGUAAAUACUAAAUAUAAUCUAACUUGCUGUUUCGCUCAUAAUUACAAGCUUAUUGUGCAACCAUACAUGUCAAGCCAGACUCUUACCCAUAUGUAAAAUUCUGUAAGCUAUAUUUAGUUAUUGCUGUGUGUUAGUAUAAUUUAAUACUACCAUAUAUUUUUACAAUAAUGCUAUUAACAUGCUAGUUUAUUUUACCUGACUUUUUACAAUUCCUAGGUUUACUUUCCAGUAUAUUUUCAGCGAUUGAUAUGAUUUAUAUUUAUUUAUUAUUUUAGUCAGACCAGGGCUUAUAUAUAUAUAUAUAUAUAUAUAUAUAUAUAUAUAUAUAUAUAUAUAUAUAUAUAUAUAUAUAUAUAUAUAUAUAUAUAUAUAUAUAUAUAUAUAACUGUAUAUCAACACGGAAAAUGUUUUAUAUUUGUUAAGUUGAAACUGAUUAUAAACUCGUAGUUUUUAUUGUUUUUACAUCAGGUCUUCACCUGCAUACAUAUAAAACUUGACAUGCAAGGAAACGAGCAACAACUAAAUAUUUAAUGCCAACAAUGUUCAGUCUAAACGUUUAAAUGUCAAUAAAAUGUUUAUGGUCGGUCAUAUUUCUGACAGGUCGGUCGGAAACCUGAAACCAACUAUUAUUUUUAUUUGGCCUGAUGCGCAGAAUGGACUUUACAGCAUCUUUAAACAACAGUUCAAAUUUUAGUUGUUGGUUUACAUGCAAAACGAAGGCAUGCUCAUUCAAAACCGGUUAGAACUGCUUUACUUCGUCCAGAAUUUCGGGUGAACAAAAACACAAAAAUAGCAGAGCCUUAUUUUCCUUCUCAGGGAUUAAUAAGGGUAUAGUAUACGCUGUACUACUAACUGUACUAUUUUUACGUUGAUUCUAAUUUUAUUUAUCCUGUAAUAGGGUUGGUCAAAUUGGUUGCUAAACAUGGCUUCAUUCCCCUUUACAUUUACACUAUCAGUUAUAACAGACCUUUACAGAUUUAUAGGUAUGCUGUUUUUUAAAUUUAAUGUGAAUUACUUUUUAAAAUUUUUGGCAAAGUUUUAUUCUUUGUUAAUUGCUAACAAUUUAUUAAUAAUUGUAAUUCUUUUGUAGUUGGACUGGUUGGACGUUCGUUAUUUGGAGGUAUGAAAAUUUUGAAUUUCUCUUUAGAAUAUAAUAAGUAUUUAGGAUUUUGAACAAAAAAUUUUGAACAAAAAAUCAGUAUUUAUUUUCGUGUACAUAUACCUGCGAACAGGCUGUACUUGAGCGCCCGAAAUUUGGCUUCACCCAAACAUAGGCCUUCAUCAAUCUCGUUCCCCGAGCCCGCGAUCCUCAGAAAGGAACGCGAGGCUCUGGGAUAAUCCGUUUCAGGGAGGAAUCUGAUUGGCCGUUGAUAUGGAAUGCACAGUUCAAUCUUAGCAUUAUCUUAGCCAGGAUUAGCAUUAUCUUAGCCAUAUUUCCCGACUCAUUUUCAGCUGAUACAACUGCGCUAGAAGAUGUAUUAAAGUUUAAGGAAGAGUUCGAAACAAAAUAUGGCGGAACCCAUCCGACAUUUUACCAAGGCAGUUAUAGUCAAGCUAUUGAAGAUGCCAAGAAGGAACUACGAUUUCUUUUAGUCUAUCUUCAUUCAUCAGAACAUAAAGAUACAGAACAGUUUUGCAGGUAAGCAAACACGAAUAAACUCUUGCGAAAAAUAAUGCGAAUGAAACCUUGUAAAACGCUAAUGAUUGACCGAUAAUCGGGCCGAUUUUUGCCUUAUCAGUAUACACGCGUAAAAACGCUCAGGUUGUUGCAAUAUUGAUGAAAACUGGAUUGAACAAUAUUUUGCUUCCCACAUUGUUCACAGUUGUCAACAAUGUUGAACAAUAUUGUUACACCCAAUUCAGGCUCAACAAUAUUGUUCAAUAUUGUUGACAAGUGUGGGCAACGUGGGCAGCAAAACAUUGUUCAAUCCUGUUAAACAGCAGGCUCAGGCUCAGCGUUUUUAGCCGUGUACCGUAAUCGGAUCAGUAUAAUUAUAUUCGUAUUUCCGAUUGUGUAAUACCAAUUGUUGGGAAAAUAUGCACUUUAAAAAUUAUAAUAAUAAUAAGACUUUAUUUAAAGAGGAUAAACCAUAGAUAUCUUAUAUAGACUAGAUAGCGCAUCUCUUUUAGUAAAAUUGAAGCCAAGAAUAUUCCAGCGGUUACCCCCAUUCGAAUAGAUGGCGGCCAUGUUGGUGUUUCCCACUCGCUAAUAAACGCUUAAAAAACAACAAUAACUUUCAUCAUUUGAAUACUUUAAAAAUGUAUUUGGAAUAGGUUUACCUUAAUAUUUAGGUUCCGUGUUUAAGAAAUAGAAAACAUACGAAUCUUCUCAUUUCAUGUGAAUAUCCUGAGUUUGCAAUCACGGCUUCAAUUUUUGAAUGGUAGAAUAAUUAGAUGCACUAUCUAGUGUAUAUAAGAUAUCUAUGGGAUAAACGCUAAACAGUUACAAAACUGAUAAACAUGCGGCCCUCAAAUAUUAAAGUAGAUAUAAUCAUGGAUUAUAUUAAAUAAGAUAUACAUAACCUUUGGAUUUCAGCUUCUUUAUAAAACGGUAUCCACCUAAGCUUAUUAAAAAUAGAAACUGACCUAUAGCACGACUUUCUUUGUCUAAAAUUAGCCUAUAGCAGCACGUUUCGGCAACUUCAAAACGGAAUGUAAAGUAGCCUUAGUAUAGUUAAAGAACUACAGUAUAGUAGCUGUAUAUAGAAACUAAGUCUCUCUUCUAGGGGGAGGUUUUAGGGGUAAUGGGAAAUUAUGUAGUUUUUUACCUGAAAAGGUUGCCACAACGGCCGCCUGUUCAUGAAAGGAGCCACAUGGCCAUGAUUCAUCUUGGAUGAAACAGGCUGUUGUGGCAACCUUUCGAGGUAAAAUUAUACAUUGCGCGUUGAUACACGUGGCGUUUUAACGCAAUAUGUUAAAGAUGCUGUAAAGUCCGUUCUGCGCAUCAGUUCUGCUCAUAACAAAGGGAGGCCCGCACAUAUAAACAUUGAAACGUCUAGUUUAUAUUCAUUUUCAAGCAUAGCGAACCAGAAGAGUGUUAGAUAUUUAGUUAGUAUAUAAUAUUUUACAAAUAUAGCGUUUGUUUGCAUUACGGACUUUGCAGCAUCUUUAAAUGAAUGCGUGAAGCGUGUCAUUUGUGAACGAUUUUAAGGAACAUUGGUUAAAUGCAAUAACAUGUUAUUUUAAGUUGGAAAAUUAUCGUUAAAAAUUUAAAUGAUUGACGUCACCUUUACCCGGUCGAUUGACAUUAUGACCUCAUUAUAAAAUCGAUAUUGGGUAGACUGUUGCACAAAUAAUCGGUAAAAAUAUGUGGCCAAAAAAUAUGCGGGUUUUCGGUUUCCCGACCCUACCUAGCUUUUGGACGCCGAAAUUUCGACCCUAAUUUUUUUAUUGGAUUAUGCUUGUAAGUGUUUCCACUUAGAGGAAAACGUUUGUGGAAAAUUUUUACAAAAAGAAAUAGGAAACCCACAUAUUUUUUUGCCUAAUCGGUAAUUUCCGAUUGUGGCACAAUCGGUGAAACAUAACACAAUGGGUUCCGCUUUGGGUUCACAUCUGUUCAUAUGAUUUUGAGCAUUUUUAUCACCUGAAAGUUGCAGUAUUAGUAACCUUACUAACCUAGACACAUUGAUCCUAGGUCAACCUUGACCAACGAAGGACUUCAGGAUUAUAUUAAUGGUAAUAUGUUAUUUUGGGCAGCUGAUGUUCAGAGUCGGGAAGGAUAUAGGGGUAAGUGUCACGCUCAAGUGUCUGAGAACAUUGAGUGGAACUCAGAAUUUCGUUCUAGACAUAACAACAUGCUCAUGCAAGUGCAGUGAAUGCAAUGAAAAAAAAUUUUAAACUCUCUAUACAUUGUGUGACGAGUAUAAAGCAUUUUCUGGCCAAACUACAUUAAAGGUUUUAUCAUCAUAUUUGAGUCAAAUAUGAUGGAAUAUCCUCAGCUGACGCAGGAUCAGUAACUUUUACAUUCGUCGUUGCCAUAGUAACUAAGAUAGGCCUCGCUAUAGGGUAGAAUAUAGGGUUUGCUCCAAAAAUGAUAUGAGCCAAACUAAUUUACCGAGGAUUUUAGAAACAGCUUUAAUGGACACUUAAUACAUCGAUCUAUGUCAUGAACCUAAAAAAAUAUACAAGUAAUAUAAUAAGGCCUUCAUAUUUUACUUUUUUAAAAUUAUAUGAAGAAAGGAGUUCUUAUAAGGCUACUCUUGCAAUGUAUAUUGCUGAUAUAUGAAGUUUUUUAGGUCCAUGACAUGGCUAUGUAACAAGCAAAUAAACUCUGAAAAAUUCGAACGAAUUGAUUCAGUAUGAACAGUAGGAGAGUUUUUAGUAUUUCGCAAAAUGCUCAUGUGAGAAAAGCGAUUUUAAAGUUUUUGCAUAUAUUAGAAUAACUUAGAUAGAACAAUAUAAUUGAAAAUGGAACAAUAGACUAAACCAAUCGCAUAUCUUUAUCGCUCCGGGUAAAAUCGUGGUUUUACCCUACGAAGGUGUAGAAUUUGCUGGAUUUCUCUGGUUUACGGUACAUUUUAGUUCUUAAAAUUACACGGAUUUUAUAAAGAACGCUAUAAAGACUACAUUUUUACGUUUUUCUAAAAAAUAACGAAUAUUGGAAAAUUUGGGUGGAAGACCACCUUAACACAACAGCGAGAAUAGGAGGCGGGCAUCUUUUUAUUGCCAAAUUUGUCGCACAUUACAAUAUAAUACGACAACUGUUUAUAAUUAAAUUUAUAAUUUUAAAGUGUAAUGGCGAAGAGAAUGCCUCAAAUAACAUAAUAUUCUUAAUCAUCAUCAUGCAUACUUAAAUACUCUAUUGUUUCUCAUCGAGGAUCUACCCAUAUCUAUGGAUCUACCACACAAUGUCAAUGAAUAUCGUCCCGUGUUUUUGUUAGAUCAUUGUUGUUGUACAAUGAGUAUAAGGAGUACUAUACAGGGUGUCUAAAAAAAACGCUAUGGAAAUUCAACAGGCUGUCGUGCAUCAUAAACUUAGCUAAACAACUAUAUAGGACGAAAGAGCUGUUAUUUAGCUUUUAAUGAGACACCUUUUUCAAAUCGUAACGAUGAGAAAUGGCCACAUACUCGUGAAAUAAGAAUUGCAUGCCUGUCGAAAUCACAUCAUUCUUCCAUCGAUGCGUUGGGAAUUGAAAAUACAUUAAUUAUGCAAAGUUGGUCAAUCCAAAAGCAACGCGAGCCUGCUGCAAGCUAUUUGUUUCGUAAAACGUUUUGAUUACGAAUGUUCUCUGUUCAGAGGUUAAUUGAACCAUGUUUAUUAAACUUCAGGCUCGCGUUGCUUUUAUUAAGUUAUUGUCUCACUAUGACGAAGACUGACGAGUUGAGCUAAUUUUAGAUAAUUUAAGGCCCGUUUUAUACGUCGAAUUUUGGUCGCGUCGAAUGCAAUUAAGACAAUAGAUAAUGAGAUGAUAAACCUCAUUAAGCUUCAUUAUCUAUUGUUUGAAUUGCAUUCGACGCGACCGAAAUUCGACGUAUAAAACGGGCCUAACAUUCAAUAUUAAUUCCCUCUUGGGAAUUGUCUAUGUUUCGUUUUUCAUGCAAUUCCCCACGGUGGAAGAAUGUGAUGUGAUUUCGACCGGCAAUUUUUAUUUGACGAGUGGCCAUUUCUCAUAUAUAGUCACGAUUUGAAAAGGUAUCAUUGGAAAGCUAAAAUUCUAGACAUAACAACAUGUUCAUGCAAGUGCGGUGAAUCUAAUGAAGCGGUUUUUGUCUUCGAUUCAGUUAGUAACGCAUCGUCGGAAAGCUUUUAAUAUCUUCAUUCCUUCUCGACGCAGAAUUGAGUUUCUCCAGAAAAAUAUCACACAGUUGAACGUCGAGUUCAAAGAGAUAAACGUGCCCGACCACAGACUAAAUAACAAAAAUCGCCUCUCGGACAAUGCCGAUGCUAAACGUAAAGCAGAAUGUAUAAUUUUCGGACAGGAACAAAAGAUAAAACAGGCAACCACCAAACAACAUGUAGAAACAUUUUUAAGUUUUAAGAAUUGUUUUUUUCUCUUUUCGUCCAUCGACGUUCCUUUAGUUGGAGCAACCCUUUCGUCCUUGCGUUUUGACUUCGCGAUUGUAAAUAUUGUGUAAUUUGAAUAAAUGAACAAGAAUAGGAGCAAUGAAAAAUAUACAGCUAUACGAAUAUGUUUAACAAUUAUUUUAGCCUCGACAUUUACCAAUGCGGAUAGACCCACUGUUAUAACUGUAAAUAUUGCCUGAAAAUAUAUAACCCUUGUUUUUGUGACGGAUGCUUGAUGGAAAAAUGGACAGGUUAGGGCUAGGAAUCGUUCAACAUUCAGCAUAAAAAGCGCAAACAACGAGGAACCUUGUAAAAUAAAAAAUAUGGAUAUCCUUGUAAUCUCGCGUAUUUCAUUCAUUUCUUCAAGAGAAAAAUAAAUUGUAGAUACAAUCAAGAAUGGAUGAGCGAUGCUGACUACAGCCAGAUCAAAACAAGAUAAUACAAGAAUCGUAAAAUAGCAUAAUUUCCUUCGAAGUUGUGACGACCUCAACAGACUGAUUAUAACCACAGAAUUUAGGAACAUUCCUGCGACCAUAAAGAUUAUAUUUAUAAUGCACAGAAAUACGACACUAAAAAUAUCACUUUUUUGCAUAUUGACGACCUGUCUUGCACAAUAACUGAGUUCUGUUUCUUCCUUUAUUAUUUUGCCUUAUUGCUCUGCCCACAUUCAGUUUAAACUGCCGCAAUAAUUUCGAAGACACUCGUACAUCUGUUGUUAUAUACAUUUUGUCGUUUGUAAGGACUUUAACAAAUAUAGGACGUCUUUUUGAAGGGUUUUUGCUAGUGAAAAUUUUGAGCGAAAAUUAUAUAUAUGUUAUUUACCGGAUUGGAGGUCCGUAUAGAGAAAUAUUUCUCGAGGUCUUAAAAACGGCCCGAGGCCGAAGGCCGAGGGACGUUUUUAAGACCGAGAGAAAUAUUUCUCUAUACGGACCGACCAUACCGGUAAAUAAUAUUUUUAUUUUUUUUAAUUCCUCCUCUGGAUUUCCUCAAUCACUCCUCCCGCACGCGAAUGAAGCUGCCAAAUAUAACGUCGUUUCUAUCAAUGCUAUAUCGGGAAGAGUAAUAUCUUUUGUGAGAUAGUAAAGUUCGCUUUCACUGUGUUCUUCAUCGUCUGUAGACAUUUUAAUAUUUUAAAAAGUAGCCUUUAAACUCGUCUUUAAAUUUUGAAAAAUAAAUACAUUGGCUGUACGGCUUUAAAUCUCGCGCGGUCCGUACGGGCUCAUACAGCGUAAAAUAUGACUUCGGACCGCAAGAAAAAAAUAAAUACAUAUAUUUUAGACCUGACCGGGUGCAGGUACUACCGCGGUGUUCCCAUGCACCCAACUUUAUCCUUUCCCUUGGUGUAAAUAGGCUUGCGGGAUUGGUAUAUAUACUCUCGCCUCGAGCUUCGUCCUAGCUAUGAGCUCCGCGCGUGGUUUGGGUAUAUUAACACGAAGAUUUUUGGUGCCAAUGGCCAUAGGCACAGGACAUUUUCGUUCGAUUUGGAUGAAAAUUGGAUGAAAAAUUAACAACAUUUUUGUGUAGGCUGAAUGCGUAAUUAGUCCAUCUGUCCAUUGUAUAAUUUAUGCAUGAUGUCUUGACUUAAUUAAGGCCAAGUAAAAAAAAAUUAGUAGUUUCUCGUCCGAAUUUUGAAAAAAAAUGAGAAUGCGGGCGCUUUUUUUUUGUUCAAGCUUCAAAUAUUGCUCUUAAAGUUUACCAAACAGCCUACAAACACACGCAAAUAUUGAAGUUUACUCAUAAAACGUAAAUAUAUUAAAAUAGACAAACAGCUACUAAUGCAAUAUGGCGCCAAAAUAACAAUAUGGCGCAACCGAACUAUGCGGAAAGGAGCAAAAUGGCGGAAAUAUACUAAGUGGAAAUUCUUUGAAAGGCUCGAAUAUAAAACAUAAAAAGAAAGAAAAAUCCAUGUGGCGGGGGAAAAGGAUGCGGGUGGGGACGAGAAACUAUACUAUAAUUUGUUUUACUUGGCCUAACUGGCGGAGGCACAUGAUUAAUGCAGUGUUUGAGGCUCUCUAGUUGAUACUUAUAAUCCUUAUAGCUUAAACUAUAAACAUAGACUUUGACAUUGACAUAAUCUAUUUCAAAAAUUUUAACCUAAAAUUUUUAAACCCUCUACAUUUUAUGACGAGUAUAAAGCUUUCCUAGCGAAAAGGAGGCGGACAUCUUUUUAUUGCCAAAUUUGUCGGACACAUUACAAUAUAAUUCGACAACUGUUUAUAAUUAAAUUUGUAAUUUUAAAGUUUCUUGCUAAGUGUAAUGGCGAAGAGAAUGCCUCAUAUUCUGAAUCACUUUCAUAUUUAUAAAUACUCUAUUGUUCCCAUCGUGGAUCUACCACACAAUAAAUAUCGUCCCGUGUUUUUGUUAGAUCAUUAUUUGUUGUUAUACAACAAGUGUAUAUUACAUGUAUAUUACUUUCCUAAUAAACCCAUGGGAAAAUUAACCAACCACAUUCCAAUAUAAUACGACAACUGUUUAUAGUUAAAUAUAUAAUUUUAAAGUUUCUUGCUAUAAGUGUAAUGGCGAAGAGAAUGCCCCAAAUAACAUAAUAUUCUGAAUCGCUAUCAUAUACUUAAAUACUCUAUUGUUUCCCAUCGAGGAUCUACCACACAAUAAAUAUUGUCGCGUGUUUUUGUUAGAUCAUCUGUUGUCGUACAACGAUCGAGUAUUAUAUAUGUUACUUUCCUAAUAAACAAAUGGGAAAAUUAAGCAACCAAUGUUGACGGCCGUGUUUUUUUCUGAGAACGAUCAAAUACAUGCAUAAGGAAAUUUGGAAUUACAAUUUCGAUCGUCUAGGGCCGAGGCAAAAACUAGCGAUAUAUAACGGGUGGGUUUAACUCAGAAUUUCAUUCUAGAUAUAACAACAUGUUCAUGCAAAUGCAGUGAGUCUAAUAAAGCGGUUUUUGUCUUUAAAGAAUUAAUACAGAGCGAAUUUUCUAUAUACAAUACCCGGAUAGAUUGUUAUAAUAGCAAUUCAGUUCGUAACGCGUCGUCGGAAAGCGUUCACUAUCUUCAUUCCUUCUCGACGCAGAAUUGAAUUUCUCCAGAAAAAUAUCACGCAGUUGAACGUCGAGUUCAAAGACAUAAACGUGCCUGACCACAGAUUGAAUAACAAAAAUUGCCUCUUAUAUGCGAAACGUAAAGCAGAAUAUAUAAUGUACGGGAAGAAACAACAGAGAAGACAGCCAACUGCCAAAUAGCACGUAGAAAUACUUUUGAGAUUUAAGAUUCGUGUUUUCCUAUUUUCAUCCAUCGCUGUAGUUGAAGCAACCCCUUCGUCCGCGCGUUUUGACUUCGCGAUUUUAAAAAUUUUGUAAUUUGAAUAAAUGAACAAGAAUAGGAGGGAUACAACAGUUACACUUGCAAGAAUAGCGACAAUAUUUUCCAAAUUAAAAUAUACCAAUGGCGAUAGACCAAUUACUAUAACCGUCAAAAAUGCCUGAAAACAUAGAAGCCUUGUUUUUGUGACUGAUGCUUGAUGGAAAAAUGGACACGUCAGGGCUAGGAAUCGUUCAACAUUCAACGUAAAAAGCGCAAACAACGAGGAAGCACAUACAACAGAGAAUAUGGACUUCUUUGUGGCCUGGAUUAUUUCAUUACUUUCUCCUUGGGAAAAAUAAAUUGUAGAUACGAUCAAGAAUGGAUGAGUGAUGGCGACUACAGCCAGAUCAAAACAAGAUAAUAGAAGAAUCAUAAAGUAGCAUAAUUUCUUCCGAAGUUGUGGCGACCUCCAUAGACUGAUUAUAACCACAGAAUUUAGGAAUAUUCCUGCAACCAUAAAGAUUAUAUUUAUAAUGCACAGAAAUACGACGCUGAAAUUAUCACUUUUUUGCAUAUUGACGAUUUUUCUUGCACAAUAAUUGCAUAUAUUUGUUUCUUCAUAUAUUUGCCUUAUUGCUCUGCCACAUUCAAUUUAAACUGCCGGAAUAAUUUCGAAGACACUCAUUUAUCACCUGUUGUAAUAUACAUUUGAAGGACUUUUAAUAACAUGUAAAUAUAGGGCUUCUUUUUGAAGGGUUUUUGUUAAUGAAAAUUUUGAGCGAUAAUUAUAUGCAUAUAUUUUUGAUACGACCGCGGUGUUCCCACCCAACUUUAUUUUCCCCCGAUGUAAAUAGCCGUGCGGAAUUAGUAUAUUCUCGGCGUGGGCUUCGCCCUAUGGCCCUAUAAGAUCCGCGCGUGGUUCGGGGUAAUACACGAAAAUUUGUGGGGCUAAUGGCCAUAUAGGCACAGGACAAAUUAAUUAACUUUUUUGUUCGAUUUGGAUGAAAAUUAGAGUUAGCUAUUACAUAAGUUUUCUCACAAGGAAUUAUUAUAUUUCAUGGCAUCCGAAGCAGAAGUAGCGAAAAUUAGCGAAGCUGAACGGCCAAAGCGAGCUGUUGUCCGAAGAAAUCUAUAGAAGGCGUUAGAUUAGAGAAGCUUCGAACCUUAAAGGCGUCUCGUUGUAUUGGUACAGCGAAAGAAGCAAUCUGUAAUUGUGUUAUGUUGCCCGAGCAAGAAGGAUAUGCGAAAGCAAGAAAGAUACUUCAUAACUCAUUUGGUCAAAGUCGUAUCAUUUAUACCUGCAGUGUAUACCGAAGGGAGGUGUAAUAAGAGGCGGUGAAAGUGAUAAGUUACUUCAGUUGGCGAUGGAUAUGGGAACUGUCAGAUUAACUUGACUCAGUUGGGUUGCGAAUCUGAAAUCAAUGCACAAAGUAACCUCGAGAAGAUUGUUUCGCGGUUACCUAGACACUUACAAGCAGAAUGGGCAAAAGAGGCUUUCGCUAUAUUGGAAAAAGGGAAAGUACCCACCUUUUUGAAUCUCACGAGUUUCAUCAUUGCGAAAGCGAAGUUGGCUAGUAGCGCAUUUGGUCAAUUAAUUGGUUCCAAACCGCAAGAAGAUAUAGCAGCCGCAGAAAUUCAGAGGUAGAGAACCACAAGGGACAUCCUAUGCAACUCAGGGCGAUUCGAACAUUCCAAGUUGUUACUACUGUAAGAAGGUUGGUCACUUGUUGGAGAAGUGCUACUCUUUCAGGAAUCAAAAUUUCGAGUCUCGGAAGGCAUUUGUGCUGAAGGAAAAGCUUUAUAACAUUUGUUUCGGUAAAGGACAUUUCGCGAAGCAAUGUAGAAAACGAGACAAUUGUAUGGUAGCUGAAUGUGGUCAACGCCAUCAUAGCUUAUUACAUCCCGUACAUGCAUCCAUUGGGAAAGGAAUCAAGGACGAGCCUGAAAAGAAGGUGGACAAAAAAUCCGUAGAUGGAACUAGUAAUGGUCAAUGUGGUGUUACUGGGCCCGGACGUCCUGGGGUACGUCUGAGAGUCCUACCUGCUAAAGUUCGUGAAAUGGGUGAAACAGAGGAAAUUGAAACGUACGCAUUAUUAGACGAUGGUUCUGAUGUAUCUCUUUGUGACAGUAAUCUCGUCAAGCAACUGGGAAUUACUGGA